CAGAUGCUCUUCGAGAGCAAUAGUGAGAGGUUGUUGGUGUUUGUCGUCCAUGUAACUGACAAUGCUGAAGUGAAAUCAUGUCUGGACCAUGUCGGCAUCGUGUCUGGGAUCAUCAUCUAGAGCUGUACUUCAGGAAGUGUUUAUUUGGGAGAACGGAGAGGUGUUGAAAGUGCAUUUGUGCAGUGCGGAGCCUUCCCAGGGCUCCAUAUUUUACUUGUUCAAGGAUGUGCCGCUUAGUUAAACUUUUCGGCGGAUAUCAAAGAACCAUUUGAGUAAACGCGGUAACAGUGAACUCAGAGUAGUGAUAUAUUUUUUAUAGCAUAAGUGCCCAUCUAUAUAUUUGUAUAAAAAUCGUGUGAUGGACGAAAGUUUGGAGGGGGAAUUUUGGGCCCCCGCAUAUUCGGAACCUUGGGGCCCUCCUUGUGGGCUCGCGGUGGCAACUUUGAUCGCAAGGACAGUUCGAUGUCUGUGUAUCACACUUGCAUCGCCUUUCUACAGGUUCCUAGCCAGAUAUUCAGGCCGAAGACGCGAGUUCCCGGACUGUCCAACGGGUGUAGGUGGUGCCUCCGCCUGCUACCCGGCCCCUGCGGAGGCCCGGACCCCGCGGUGGGCCCCCGCGUCCCCAGGUGGCGCUCACUGCAGAAUGCCGCCACCCCUCGUCACCCUCGUCCUAGUCGUCUCAACAGUCCUCAGCAUCGCCGAGGCAUGCUCCAGCCGCUCGACUCCGAAGCCCCGGCCGCCUGUCCCAACGGCGCGCCCGAACAUCACAUUCCACACGUUCCCCUGUCCGCCGGCCUACAACACCUGGUACUGCCUGAACGGAGCCACCUGCUUCACGGUCAAGAUUGCCGACUCCUUGCUCUACAACUGCGAGUGUGCAGAGGGCUUUAUCGGACAGAGAUGCGAAUUCAAAGACCUGGACGGAUCCUAUAUGCCGUCAAAGCAACGCAACAUGUUCCAGACAGCAAGCAUAGCAGGUGGCGCCACAAUAGCAGUGUUCUUGGUUGUCAUCGUGUGUGUAGCUGUGUAUAUUCACUUGCAACGGAAACAGAAAGAGACUCGAGCCAGCUGUGUGGACGGUAACAGUCAAGAUCCUGAAAGAGAAAGACGACCAUUCAGCCGUUCACUGGCAAUCCCUAUUAUUCAGCAGACUCAUACAACACGUGAACCUUCAGCACCAAAAGACCCUGGAGGUGUGCCUGAGAUUCUUCUCCAUUCAUCCACAAGAGCAGCACCACAGCAUGGCAGUAAUCAACAGCAGCCUCCACCAUAGUGGCAGCACAGUGAGAUGCGAUGCAAAGGGGUAUCUCCAUUGCUUCGUAGCCUACGUGUUGCUAGUCCACUGUCCACCUGCUCCCCCUCCUUUAUCUUCUCAGUAUAGGACAGAAGGACAGACAAUGUAUUUAUUGUGUACAAUAUUGUGGGUUUAGUUACUAGCAAAAGAGAAGAGAGAGAGAGUCUGAUGUGUGGUGGCCGGAGUGUGUGGAAUGCUUUUAUACUGAAUUUCUGAAACAUUUUGCUUGUUGGAAAUUAGACAGAACAGAACUGCCAUGAGGAGGGAUGGCAUGAACUGUUAAUUUCUCGUCAUGAAGUCCAACAUCUUAAUAAUUUAUUUACCCCCUGAUGAAGACUGUACAUAACAAUUUCCUGCAGCAAGUCAGAAAAAUAAUCAAGCGUCAAUGUUCUGAUGGUGUUUGUGACACAUAUUUGCCUCGCAGCAUCUGAAGAUUGCUUUCCAAGAUAUUUGUGAACAAUUCAGGAACCCUGAAGAAAUUGGACAUGUAAACUAUAACGGCUGAGAUUACGCUUCAGGAUCCAGGCGGAUCCAUCUAUCGACUGAAAUGCUUAUACAAGAUGAGGAUGGAGAGGAAUGUGUAAAUUGUGUACUAUUUUUUUUUUGCCUCUCUCUGAAGCCCUACACAAAGUAAAUAUGGUGUUGUUAGCAAUUUCUUUUACUGCUUCAUGGCCUCAAUAUUUCUACCUGUUGGGUGGGCCCAAUAAUGUGUUCUGUGUGAGUGAGUGUGGAAGAGAAAGGAUUUAACUAUGUAUAACACAUUCCGGAACACAAUAGCGUUCAUGUCUAUACACCAAAAAUAAUAACCAUUAAACCAAAUAAUCUCAGGUUCUUUUACUUAUACAGAAAUUCAAGAAAAUAUAGAUGGGUUAGUAUUAUUAUACUUGCUUUCCUCCAGCAGCUCUAUUUGAUGUACCAGUACCAUGAAAUAUUCCAGGCAUUCUAGCACAUUGCACAAAAUUGUACAUAAAGUGGAGGACAGGUGUGUAUGUGCUUAACUGCUCUGUCACUUUUUCAAUGAACAAAACAAGUCAUCCCAUUAUAUUUGUGGCAGCUGGAGAACAUCCCAUGGGAAGAGAAAUUGAGCCAAAAUUCUUUCUUAUACAUAAAUGAUACAUCUUUCUCUAAAUCACAGAUAUGUACAUUUUGUAGAUAAUUAUAAAUUAUCAGAUCUUUUGUUUUUUCUGCCUGUGUACAAAUUUUGCCAUAAUUCAGCUGAAAAAGAAAUCCUUUCUAGUUUCUAAACUUUCUUGAUAUGUACUUGGUUCCUAAUUUAUUGUAAUUUUUAGAAGAUAAUAUCUUUGCUAAAUUUGGUUAUUAUGUUUUUUAUUGUGCGUGGUGUAGAUAAAUGUGGUGGCCUCUCUGGCAGCUAUUUCCAUCUGGUGGUGAUUUGUGGAAGUUUCAUUCCAGCUUUCUCGUUUGUUUUGCUUGCCUCUCAUAUUUGGCUGGAGUUAUGUUUUAUUCCAUUUCCUUCCCAACAGACAUUGGUUGAAGAAAUACCAAAGAUUCAAAGUAGGAAACAAAAGAGGUCACCUCCGAUUUUAUAUGUUAUGUAUAUUCAUACCAAAGUGUCAGUCAAAACAGUCUGCUCAGAAAUGCUUCAUCUGUAGAAAAACUGGUGAAGUACAUUCUGUUAUAUAUAUAUAUAGAAUGAUAAAAGCAUUCUCCCAAACCAGUAAGAGAAAGAUAAAAGAACAAAGCAUGAUCAUUGGUAUUAUGUAAGCUUAAGACAUACGUGUAACGUGUUUAUCACAAGUCCCACAUGCCCAUAUUAGAGUGUAGCUCAAAGAAAUUAAACAUGGGAAGGAAGAUAGUAAGUAGACAUAAAACAGUUUCCAGAGUAAUGUUCCUAGACUAUGAUCAUACUCCAACAGUACAGGUUAUUUUAAAUAUGUCUACCAUGGCUGCAGGGAGUCAUCACAACACUGUGUGCAAGCUUGGUUAUGUUGUAGCAGGCCAUGACAAGUUCAUGCAUAUAUAUGUUUUGGAAGACAAAAUAACAUAAAAUCCUCACACCAAAGCCAUAAACUGCAAUAUCUUUGUAAUUUUAAAUUAUUUGGAGGCCUGUGUACAGUGUUGCGAGAUGGUUACCAGGUGGUGUACUUGUGUUUGUAGAGUUAUUUAUUUAGUUGAGAUCUUAGCGGUAUCCAAGCUCUACAACUGUGGAAACAUGAUUGAAUUUCUUUUAAGUGUGAGAAUAUAUUCUGUUUGUUCUCGUAUUCAUUUUUACAGUGAUGUUCAUGAGCAAGCAUAUAUCUCAAAAUGUUUUCUUGCCGCCAGAUGCCAUCCAUGGAUAACAAGCUAGUCAGUCAUGAGAGGUUCCACAGCUACAUAUAAAUCACAGCUAUGGCUGUUUUCAGUUGGGAUCAUCACUAACUGUCGUGAUAAUAUGUUGUAUGAUAUAGUAAUUAUUUUCCCAUAAUUGUAAAAUGCUUUAAUAUGUAAUUUAAAAUUUAUUUAAUGUGUGAUUAUCAUGAAGUACAACUGUUGUACAUAAUGUUUUUCCUCUGUUUUGUUCAGAUUGAAUCAUUUUUAAAGAGAGUUGGUGUGUUCUCCUGUUUAAUAUGCAUUUCAAAAUAUUUUGUUUCAUUGCUGUUGUUAUAAUACCACAAGAUUUGCUAACAGUUACUGUACCACCUCAAUUUUACAAAUUUGGUCUUUUAAUAGUAGGGAAGUGUUUACUGGGCCAUUUCCAAAUCAUUUAAUACCAGGUCUUUCGCAUACUCCACAUAUGUUUAACAUUAGCAUUGUAUUAAUUUCUUAGGUAAGGUUUGCUCUGUUAUACUUUGUAUUUUGGAAACAAAAUGAUGGGUGAUGAUAAGAUCUGUAUUAAAGAGAGAUUGUAAUAUUUUACCUUUAGUCACAGAUGCAGUGAAGUUUGCCACAAAUAAAGUGUCAUCUUGUAUGAUUUCUGCAGCCAUGGUUAACAGUGAUAUAUAUUUAAGCAACAUUUCAUUGAUCCAAUCAUGUCAAGUUGAAUUCAUGAAUGGUUCAACAUAGCAGAUGUUUCCAGUAUUCGUUUCACAUUUCUCAACUGUUUAUUUGUGGAAGUGUGAACCAUUGAAUAGCAAUCAGGGUAAAACAUUGCACUUUGCUUGAGGCAUUUAAAUCACCAGUAUCAUGAAUCAUCCACUUCCCCUUGUUAUUUUCAAAUGAGUGCUGAUGUAUUCCUUUUCAUAAUGCAGCAGUUAAUUUGUGUGUAAUGAUCAACAGUAGUCCACUAUAUUUGGUUUUAACAUUAAUGUCAUGUACAUACAAUACAGUGUCCUGAAGAAUAGUAGGUCUUUCAGACCUUUAAACAUCUCUUUAUAAAGGCUCUGUUGUUAUGGUCAUAUAUGUUAUAAUAUUGUAUAAACAGUAAAGGGAUUAGAUAUACUUCAGUAGUAGUAAACUGAUUAUGGUGAUAAUGCUCGGAUGAGUAAGUGAUGUCGUAAGUUCCAGGACACUGUGUUUUAUGUCCUUAAAAUUAAUGUUUUACAAAUACUGUUAUUUUCUGUUUUGAAAAGUGGGUUUAAAAACACAUUUUUGUACUGAAGAACAUUUUUAUGUAAUAUUUGUUGCAAGGUUGGGUGUAUGAUCUUCCACCAUUACAAGUUCCAGACCUCAACUCCUCCUUCGUCCCAUCUUAUGCAACCACCAGCACAACUUAAAGUGACUAGGUCUGCCAUUACACAACCUUUCUAAUACAAGUAAAAUCUAGACGAAGUUUAAGCAAAGAACUAAUUUGAACAACAAAAGUUUAAGUAAGAAUAACUUAGAAUGGCACAUUUGUUACCUAUUUCCAUUAUUUUAAUGGUGAGUUGAUGUCUUAAGAAUGAAGUAAAAAAGAUACUUUUUGUUUAAAAGUAAUAAAAUAGAAACCACUCAUACUGUGUUCCUUAUCUUUAGAAUACAUAUCCCUACCCUUUUCCAAGUACUUUCACGUCAUAUUAUGACUUCAUGAACCCACAGCAAAGGAGUUGUAUGUGCAAGAGUGGAUCUAUGACAAUUCUCAAAUAUUAGGACAUAUGAUGCAAACACACUCUAGAUCAUUUUGAUUUCAUUCAGAGAUGAUGUCAGUAAAUCUAUUGUAGAUGAAUGUCAUAUGGGUAUAAUGAUUAAUUAAAAAUUGUUUUUACGCUA